CUCGCUCUCUCUCUAUGUGACACACAGAGACAGACAGACAGUACUGUUGUGUCCGUGUCCAUCAACAGUAAAUUUCUGAAGCAAAGAAUCUAAAAUGGGUUUCCUGAGCAGCAGAGUUUUCAAAUGGAUCUGCUGGCUCUCUGUCGUCGCAGCGUUUUUCCUCAUCGGCUUCUUAAUUGGCUGGUUCGCGAGGCCGACGCAGAGCGCACGCAGCGACGGUCCCUCUCACGCCGUCCUGCAGGAGUUCCUGGAUGAAAUGCAGGCAGAGAACAUCAGGCAGCACCUCAGGAAGUUCACGCGGCUCCCACACCUGGCCGGGACCGAGCAGAACCUGCGCCUGGCCGAGCGGAUCCGCGACGAGUGGCUCCGCUACGGCCUGGACUCGGCCGAGAUCGUGCAUUACGACGUGCUCCUGUCGUACCCCAACGAGACGAAGCCCAACUACAUCUCCGUCGUGGACGACGCAGGGAACGAGGUGUUCAAUAGCUCCCUGUCGGAGCCUGUCCCCGAGGGGUACGAGGACGUCCCCAAUAUCGUGCCCCCCUACAGCGCCUUCUCCGCAAAAGGUCAGCCUGAGGGAGACAUGGUGUACGUGAACUACGGACGCACCGAGGACUUCUUCCUGCUGCAGCGGGACAUGGGCGUCAACUGCUCCGGGAAAAUAGUCAUCGCCAGAUAUGGAAAGAUCUUCAGGGGCAACAAGGUGAAGAACGCCAUCCUGGCGGGGGCAAAGGGCAUCAUCUUGUUCUCGGACCCGGCUGACUACUGCGCCCCGGGGGUGCGGCCGUACCCCGACGGGUGGAACCUCCCGGGAGGCGGAGCCCAACGAGGGAACGUGCUGAACCUCAACGGGGCAGGUGACCCCUUGACGCCUGGCUACCCGGCCAAAGAAUACACCUACAGAUACCGCACCGACGAGGGGGCGGGACUCCCCAGCAUUCCCGUCCAUCCCAUUGGCUACAACGACGCCGCCGUUUUACUCAGGAACAUGGGGGGCCAAAUUCCACCCAACAACUGGAAGGGGGACCUGAACGUGUCGUACCGCAUCGGCCCGGGGUUCGCCGACGGACUCGCCAACCGCAAAGUCCGCAUGAACAUCCACACCAUCAACCGAGUCACCAGGAUCUACAAUGUCAUCGGCAAAAUCCGCGGAGCGGUAGAACCAGACAGGUACAUCAUCCUGGGGGGCCAUCGUGACGCCUGGGUGUUUGGAGGCAUCGACCCCUCCACAGGCGCCGCGGUCGUCCACGAGACCGUGAGGAGCGCCGGGACGCUCGUGGGCCGCGGCUGGAGACCCAGGAGGACCAUCAUAUUCGCCAGCUGGGACGCUGAGGAAUUCGGGCUGCUGGGAUCCACCGAGUGGGCGGAGGAACACGCCAAGAUCCUGCAGGAGCGGGCCGUCGCCUACAUCAACGCCGACUCGGCCAUCGAAGGCAUGUACACGCUGAGGGUGGACUGCGUGCCCUCGUUGCACACACUGGUGUACGACGUCACCAAAAAGAUCUCGAGCCCAGAUGAGGACGGAGUGUCUCUCUACGACAGCUGGCACAAAAAGGACAACUGGACCGACGACAGAGACGCCCCAAGGAUCAGCAAACUGGGCUCGGGCAGCGACUUCGAGGCCUAUUUCAUAAGGCUCGGGAUCGCUUCCGGAAGGGCGAGAUACACCAAAAACACGAAAACAGAGAAGUACAGCAGUUAUCCAGUGUACCACAGCGUGUACGAGACCUUUGAGCUCGUCGAGCGCUUCUACGACCCGUCCUUCCGGAAGCUUCUGGCGGUGGCGCAGGUGAGGGGGGCCCUGGUGCUGCGGCUCGCCGACUCCCCGCUGCUCCCGCUGGACUGCACCGAAUACGCCGACGCCCUCGCCAAGUACGCGCGCGCCAUCGCCGAGGCGGCGCGCAAACACCCCGAUGAGCUCCUCGAGUACCGCGUCUCGUUCGAUGCUCUCUUCUCCGCUGUGGACAACUUCACCGCAGCAGCCACAAGUUUUCACGAGCGACUUCGAACCCUGGACCUCACCAACGCUAUGGAGGUCCGAAUGGCAAACGACCAGCUCAUGUAUUUAGAGAGAGCCUUUGUGGACCCCCUGGGGCUGCCUGGGAGACCAUUCUACAGGCACAUCAUCUUUGCUCCAAGCAGCCAUAACAAGUACGCGGGGGAGUCGUUCCCAGGGAUCUACGACGCCCUCUUCGACAUCCAGAACGCCCCGCGCCCGGACAAGGCGUGGGAGGAGGUCAAGCGGCAGAUCAGCAUCGCGGCGUUCACUGUUCACGCAGCAGCCAUGACCCUCAACCCAACGGCUUGAACCGUAGACCCCCCCUCCCGGCAGGACUGGGGACACACAACUGUCGAAGGCCUUGAAACGAAGCUGGCCAUCUGCACAAUCGCGCACUUGGAGAUCCACAUUCCAGAGCUUCAUGGUUUCACCGCAGCAUCUGUGUAAAUUUCCUGCAAGAGCUGCUUCACUUUUUAUAGCUUUUCUGAUUUUUUUUGCUCCUCGAAGAUUCCUUGAAAGGGGAGCGAGAGCGAACGCGACGCAUCUCGCCGACGCUGAAGGGGACAAAUUGAGAGGGAGC